AUGUUGGAUCUUACAGUACUCUGUUUUUUCGCCAUUACAGAUAGGAGGUCUUCAUACCAUGAUGUGAUCAGAGUUAAUGAGAUUCAGAAGGUAUUGGACAUAACUGGUGUCAAGACCUACAUUAUCAAUAGCGCCAGAGUUGUGGUCCUGAACGAACGCCCUCAGCCAAGCCAGGGAAAGGACACCUGUGAGGUCUGCGAUAGGAGUCUCCUCGAUUCCUUCCGAUUUUGUUCUCUGGGUUGCAAGAUUGUUGGUACUUCCAGCAACUUCAGGAGGAAGAAGCAGCAUCUGGGUAAGGCUUUUGAUGACGAAGAAUCUUAUAGCAGCAGCCAUGGCAAUGGGAAGAACAAAGUUCAGAGCUUCACCCCUUCAACGCCGCUGCCAACUGUCGUAAAUUAUAGAACUGCCAACCGAAGGAAGGGAAUACCUCAUAGAACACCAAUGGGAGGACUCAAAAAAUCAGUCAUCUUAUGUGAAGCAAACUAUGUAUUGACAGGAGAAACUGGUGAUGCGGAGGCGUUAGGUAUUCUGCACGGACUGUCAAGGGCACGAACCAACAAAUGGGUUAUCGAAGAAGUAUGGAGUGAUGUGGACGUUCUCAAGAAGUUUUUUGAUAAACUGUUAACUUUAUGGCCUAGAACACUAAUCAUCUUAAGCGAUGAGAUGGACAAUUAUCUUAUCUAUCCUAGGUUUGGUUUACUAAAGACUAAUAGUAUCCUAGAGAAUCUGAAAUCUAUGGCUUAUGAAACUUUAUCUGGCAUGAAGCCAAUAUUUAGGACAGAUAUGGCAUGUAAUAUAUAUUAUGCUAUCUAA